AUGGAUGCCCGCUGUCAAUGCGGUGCCGUCGCGUUUAAAACGCCCCUGCCCAAGCCCCUGGCUCUCUACAUCUGCCACUGUGCCGAAUGUCGCCGUCAGACGAGCUCUGCCUUUGGCACCUCCGCCAUAUUCCCCCGUUUUCCUCUACCUCGCGCUGAGCUGAUGUCGUGCUAUACUUAUUUUUGCCGAAACUGCGGGACUAGACUACUUCACACGACACCGGGCAAGAAUGUUGUCUCCGUCAAAGGAGGAUGUAUAGAUGGGCUCGACUGGUCAAGAGCUAUCCACAUAUGGACCAAAUCAGCCAUGGUUCCAAUCCCUGAGGGCUCCGAAACAUACUCGGAAGAGCCCACCGAGUCCGACUACUGCGCCUCUCAAGAAUCUCUUGACCAACCCCUCGACCCGGCGGGUAUACUCGUGAAUAGCGGGGCGGCCCCGACGGCGGCUGACUUGGCGGGGGAAUCUGCUCAUAUGGUGCCUGUAAAGGGCGCGUGCGAGUUGAGUGGAUUAUAG